CUCUUCGCAAUCCACUAAUCUCUAAAGGAGGACUACGUCGGUCCGGGCUGCUGCCACGUCAAUGGUUUCGUCAUCACUAUCAACAUAAAACAUGGCGACAUCUGUCCGAGAAAAGCAAACAGUUGCCUUAAAGCGAAUGUUGAACUUCAACACUCCUCCUCUGAAGAACGCAGCAGCUGAGCCAGUAUGGAAGGUGUUAAUAUACGACAGAUUUGGUCAAGAUAUCAUCUCUCCACUGCUGUCGGUCAAAGAGCUGCGAGACAUGGGCAUCACCCUUCAUCUGCUUCUUCACUCGGACAGAGAUCCUAUUCCCGACGUUCCUGCCAUCUACUUCCUAAUGCCCACAGAGGAGAACAUCGACAGGAUCUGUCAGGAUCUGAGGAGCCAGCUGUAUGAGUCGUACUUCCUGAACUUCAUCUCUGCCAUCAGUCGGAGUAAACUGGAGGACAUUGCCAGUGCUGCUCUGGCUGCUAAUGCAGUCUGCCAAGUUACCAAGGUUUUUGAUCAGUACCUGAACUUCAUCACCCUGGAAGAUGACAUGUUCAUCCUCUGCCACCAAAACAAAGAGCUCAUCUCUUAUCAUGCCAUCAACAGAGCAGACAUCCAAGACACAGACAUGGAGGCCAUAAUGGACACCAUCGUAGACAGUCUCUUUUGUUUCUUUGUUACUCUGGGUGCAGUGCCAAUCAUCCGAUGCCCCAGGGGAAAUGCUGCAGAGAUGGUGGCUGUGAAGCUGGAUAAAAAGCUCCGUGAGAACCUGCGGGACGCCAGAAAUAGUCUGUUUACCGGAGACAGUAUGACUGCCGGACAGUUCAGUUUCCAGAGACCCCUUCUGGUUCUAGCAGACCGCAACAUGGACAUGGCCACGCCCCUUCACCACACCUGGACCUAUCAGGCCCUGAUCCAUGAUGUCCUGGACUUCCAUCUGAAUAGGGUGAUGAUGGAGGAGGGAGCGGGGACCGAUCCAUCACAGGCUGGCGCCAGACCAAAGAAAAAGACCAAGAAGACGUAUGACCUCACUGCUGCUGAUACGUUCUGGCAGAAGCACAAGGGCAGUCCAUUCCCAGAGGUGGCGGAGUCGGUCCAGGAAGAGCUUGAUGCAUACAGAGCCCAGGAAGACGAGGUCAAACGGCUGAAAAGCAUUAUGGGUCUGGAUGGCGAGGAUGAAGGAGCCAUCAGCAUGUUGUCAGACAACACAGCCAAGCUCACCUCAGCCGUCAGCUCUCUGCCUGAGCUCCUGGAGAAGAAAAGACUGAUUGAUCUUCACACAAACGUUGCCACUGCCGUCCUCGACCACAUUAAGAGUCGUAAAUUGGAUGUUUACUUUGAGUAUGAAGAGAAGCUGAUGAGCAAAUCAACCAUAGACAAGUCACUGCUGGACGUCAUCGGUGACCCAGACGCGGGGACUCCAGAGGAUAAAAUGAGACUCUUCCUCAUCUACUACAUCACAGCUCAGCAGGUUCCUUCAGAGACUGAUUUGGAGCAGUAUAGGAAGGCUUUGUUGGACGCAGGCUGUGACCUUUCACCUCUAAACUACAUCAAACAAUGGAAGGCUUUUACCAAAAUGGCUUCCGGCCCAGCAAACUACGGCAACAGUGGAGUCAAACCGAUGGGGCUGUUCUCCAGAGUCAUGAAUACUGGCUCUCAGUUUGUCAUGGAGGGAGUGAAGAACCUGGUGCUCAAACAGCAUAACCUUCCAGUCACUCGGAUCGUGGACAACCUGAUGGAAAUGAAAUCUCAUCCUGAAACUGAUGAUUAUCGCUACUUUGACCCCAAGAUGCUGCGGGGUAGCGAGAGCUCCAUUCCCAGGAACAAAAAUCCAUUUCAGGAGGCCAUCGUGUUUGUGGUUGGAGGAGGAAACUACAUCGAGUACCAGAACCUGGUGGACUACGCUAAGUCAAAACCGGGGAGGAAGGUGGUUUACGGCUGCAGUGAGCUCUUCAACGCAGCUCAGUUCAUGAAGCAGCUCUCUCAACUUGGACAGAAGUGACCUGUGCACCAAUAAAACCGAUCCUCCUGUCUACUAGCUAACCUGUUUUAUAUCAGCUCUCUUCUGUAAAUGGACUAAAUAUUUCUGUCUUUGUAAAUCUGCUCCAUCCACUCAUUCCUAAUAAACCUGAACAGUCUGAAGUCGCUGCUGCUUCCGAGUCAUUAGAGUAAACCAGCAGUUUUUCUCUGAGCAGCAGCAAACCGGACGCCGACUUUUAGUGUGGAAAAAGGUAAAAACCAAAAACGUUUUUAAUCAUUACAAAGAAACCAGAACAGCAAAACGGAAACUUCUGGAACUUUUCUUAGCGUUCUGCUGGAGCGCAGUAAUAGUCUCCACACAAGAAGUGAAGCAGCAAACUGUACAGGUACAACAUUUAUUACUCAUAAUAGACAUUUUAUAUACAUUAACAACUGCUGUAUUCUGCUCUGUGGUACAGUUCUGAAAAACGGUUCAGUUUAUAAAAAAAAAAAAUCUAAACUGCAUUUUUCUUGUUUUCAUGGGAAGACUACAAAAAAUAUUUUAUUAACCAUGCUUCAGACACACAGAGUUAAAAAGUUGAUCUUAGUCUUAUUUAAAACAAAAGCAUUUAUUUGGACUUGUGAUCAACCAGAAGCCACUCAGGUUAGGAACUCUUCAAACAAACAAAACGUCAAACUAAAACUGUGCAUCAGAACAAAGCACAACAAUGAAGUCACAUUCUAAAAGGUGGCUACUCAAAGACCACUUUUUCUAGGAGCUCCAAUGGGCUGCUUUCUGCUAAAAACACACUCUAGAUGUGUGUGUCUGUGUGUGCGAGGUCAGUAACAUCUGCAGAAACACACAGGAGCCAAACACUGACAGAGGUGACGUGAGGAUGAGGAGUCGGUCGGCCCCGAAGAACAGCUGGGUUCAGGCUGAGCAGGUCACUAAACGUCUCGUCACUGGAAAACGACUUCAGUUGGAUCAGCGACACCAGAAAUAAAAACUCAGUGGUUCAGACCAGGGGCGUCCAAACCUUCUCUCAAACGUAAUCACAGGCCAAGAAAUACAAAAUAAAUAAAUACUACAAUCCAACAAAUAAAGUGGUCAGAUUUCCCCCCC